AUGAUAUCACCUGGGAAACCUGCUGGUGACUCUGUGCGUUCAAAGGGACAGAUAUGUUCUUCUACAAUUAAUUCACUCCCUGGCGGUUCAAGCCAUGCUCCAACCACUGGGUGUACUAUUUCCGGAUCCGGAUCUCAUGUCUUGCUUGCCAGUGCUGGCGUGCCGCCUAGCCAUGGAACCUCUGUACCAGCCUGCACACUGCGCUUCCGCGAGUUAGAGAGUGAGAUAAAGUCUCUUACUCGCGAAAUAGCUUCCCGCGAUGCCCAACUGGCCUCCUCCAAGACCCCUCUGGGAACCUCAUCAGCAACCCUGACUGGAGUUACCAAUUCCGUAUCAGGUACAAUCCACCCGGUUGCCAUAUCUAGAGGCCCCAUUAGUACAUCAACGUCCUGGAACGAUCGAAGAACCCCUGGCAAUAAUCGUCACCCUUCCCGAAAGGAAAUGGCAAGUUCGGCAACCUCCAUUACAUCUGGAUCAGUGCAUUCAUACAGCGACUCUGUCUCUUCAGCAGUGCCAUCGAUAACUUCUAGUGCCCUUGGUUCGGCAUUGCUUUCGCCGCACCAUCUUCACCCUCACCACCAACACUCUUCCAGCCAGACUGUCGGACAGACCCCAAUGUCGCAAACUGCUUCUCUGCUGCUUUUAGAACAGCAGAAGUUAGCUGAAUUGGCUACUCGACUAGGUAUACUACAGGAGGAGAAUCAGAGGCUCACAAUAACCUUGAAAGAUGAAGACAAGAUGAAACAGGAAUUGAUGACGGCUUAUCACUCUUCGCUAAAGGAGAUCACUGAAUUAAAUGGUGAGGUCUCCCUCCCUUCAUACAGUAAACUGUCUAAUAAGAAGCUAUGCUGA